AUGAGGACGGCGGCGGACAUGGCGGCGGCGCUGUUGCUUGUGGCGGUUCUGCUGCACUGCACGGGCACUGCGAUGGUGCGGGCGUCGCACGCCGUGUAUCCGGAGCUCCAGUCGUUGGAGGCGGAGAAGGUUGAUGAGACGUCGCGCACCGGGUACCACUUCCAGCCUCCUAAGCACUGGAUCAACGGACCAAUGUACUACAAAGGGUUGUACCAUCUGUUCUACCAGUACAACCCCAAGGGCGCGGUGUGGGGCAACAUCGUGUGGGCGCACUCGGUCUCAACCGACCUGAUCGACUGGACGGCGUUGGACCCGGGGAUCUACCCGUCCAAGAAGUUCGACAUCAAGGGCUGCUGGUCAGGCUCCGCCACCGUGCUGCCCAGCGGCGUGCCGGUGGUGAUGUACACGGGCAUCGACCCCGACGAGCACCAGGUGCAGAACGUGGCGUACCCCAAGAACCUCUCCGACCCGUUCCUCCGCGAGUGGGUGAAGCCCGACUACAACCCCAUCAUCGCCCCCGACAACGGCAUCAACGCCAGCGCCUUCCGCGACCCGACCACCGCCUGGUACGGACCCGACCGGCACUGGCGCCUGCUGGUGGGCAGCAAGGUGGACGACAAGGGCCUGGCCGUGCUGUACCGGAGCCGGGACUUCAAGCGCUGGGUGAAGGCGCACCACCCACUCCACUCCGGCCUCACGGGGAUGUGGGAGUGCCCGGACUUCUUCCCCGUGGCGGUGCACGGCGGCAGCCGCGGCCACCACCGGCGCGGCGUGGACACCGCCGAACUGCACGACAGGACCCUGGCCGAGGAGGUCAAGUACGUGCUCAAGGUGAGCCUGGACCUGACAAGGUACGAGUACUACACGGUGGGCACGUACGACCACGCCACGGACCGGUACACUCCCGACGCCGGCUUCCGCGACAACGACUACGGCCUCCGGUACGACUACGGCGACUUCUACGCGUCCAAGUCGUUCUACGAUCCGGUGAAGCGCCGCCGCAUCCUGUGGGGCUGGGCCAACGAAUCGGACACCGUCCCCGAUGACCGCAGAAAGGGCUGGGCCGGCAUUCAGGCGAUACCGAGGAAGCUGUGGCUGUCGCCGCGCGGGAAGCAGCUGAUCCAGUGGCCGGUGGAGGAGGUCAAGGCGCUGCGCGCGAAGCACGUGAACGUCAGUGACAAGGUCGUCAAGGGCGGGCAGUACUUCGAGGUCACCGGCUUCAAGUCCGUGCAGUCGGACGUGGAGGUGUCGUUCGCGAUCGACGACCUGAGCAAGGCGGAGCAGUUCAACCCCAAGUGGCUGACGGACCCGCAAGCGCUGUGCAAGAAGCGAGGCGCCCGGCAGACGGGCGAGGUGGGGCCGUUCGGGCUGUGGGUGCUGGCCGCCGGCGACCUCACCGAGAGGACGGCCGUCUUCUUCAGGGUGUUCAGGACCAACAGCAACGGCAGCAGGCUCGUCGUCCUCAUGUGCAACGACCCUACAAACUCCACGUUCGAGGCGCAGGUCUACAGGCCCACCUUCGCCAGCUUCGUCAACGUCGACAUCGCCAAAACCAAGGCGAUCGCACUGAGGACACUGAUCGACCACUCCGUGGUGGAGAGCUUCGGGGCCGGCGGCAGGACGUGCAUCCUGACGAGGGUGUACCCGAAGAAGGCCCUGGGCGACAACGCGCACCUCUUUGUCUUCAACCACGGCGAGGUGGACGUCAAGGUCACGAAGCUGGACGCCUGGGAGAUGAAGACCCCGAAGAUGAACGCGCCGGCGCAGUAG